CGCCUGAAUCAACUCCGCUAGCAUCAGCGAUAGCCGCCACUAAACGUUAAUCACGGAGAUAUCUAACACCCAGGCAGCGCGGACUGCGGCGCCUCCGCGGCGUGAUGGACUAGCCUGACCGACCGGACGCGUCUUUCUCUGCCUUUUUCGCUUUCUUCCAUGGGUUUUUACCUUUUAUCGGAGUGGAGCCUCCGUCAACUGCGGCGACUAUCAACGAUAGGACUGUGAUCGAGUUGUGGAAAUGGCGUCGAACAACACGCAGCGCAGCUAUUCCAUCAUACCAUGCUUCAUAUUUGUGGAGUUAGUCAUCAUGGCAGGCACGGUGCUGCUGGCCUACUACUUUGAGUGCACAAACACAUUCGGAAUCCACGUCCAGGGCUUCUUCUGUAACGAUGCAGACCUGAUGAAGCCGUACCCCGGAGCAGAGGAGAGCAGCUUCAUCCCUCCGCUCGUCCUUUACUGCGUGGUGGCUGCAGUUCCCACCGCCAUCAUCUUUAUUGGGGAGAUCUCCAUGUACGUAAUGAAGUCCACCAGAGAGGCUCUCAUUGCCCAGGAGAAAACCAUCGUUACUGGGGAGUGCUGCUACCUGAAUCCGCUCAUUCGCAGGAUCAUCAGGUUUAUUGGUGUCUUCGCAUUUGGCCUGUUUGCGACAGACAUCUUUGUGAAUGCUGGUCAGGUGGUGACGGGCAAUCUGGCUCCCUACUUCCUCACCGUCUGCAAGCCAAAUUACACAGGCAUGGAAUGCCGCUUCAACCACCAGUUCAUCUCCAACGGCAACAUCUGCACGGGGAACCAGGUGGUGGUGGAGAGAGCCAGGAGAUCCUUCCCUUCCAAAGACGCUUCACUCAGUGUCUACUCCGCUGUCUAUGUCACUAUGUACAUCACAAGCACCAUCAAGACGAAGAGCAGUCGUCUGGCUAAGCCUGUGCUGUGCUUGGGCACGCUGUGUGCAGCUUUUCUCACCGGCCUCAACCGCGUGUCCGAGUACCGCAACCACUGCUCGGACGUCAUCGCCGGAUUCAUCCUGGGAAGCUCUGUGGCUCUUUUCCUGGGACUGUGUGUGGUGAAUAACUUCAGAGGAGCCCACUCGACUCCUGCUAAACAGAAGACGGAGGAUUACCGUGGCCUCCCGCUGAUGACGUUUCCCCGCGUGGAGAGUCCUCUUGAGACCCUCAGCGCACAGAACCAUUCGGCGUCAAUGACUGAGGUCACUUGACUAAGGGGGCAGCACCGGGUCACCUUCGCUUCACCUCAACACUUCUAGGCACAAGAUGUUUUUGUACUGUCGCAUACUGUAUAAAAAAAAGAAAAGAAAUGAAGAAAUAAUAGUAUUAUGUUGUUCCGAGUUCUAGGCAGAUGUUUUGUACAUUUUGUAAAAGACAGUGCUGUAGCUUCUUCCCCUUCUGUUAUCUUCUCUGAUCGAUCGAACGGUUGGUCACAUGUCAGGAGUUCCACCUUUCUUGUCAUGUUUUACAUCACAAAUUAUGUCAGAUACUGUCUAUAUAUAUGAUGUUAUUGAAAUAUCGAUGUUGUUCUGUGGUAUUUGUACAAAGGAUUUUAUUUUAUGCUGAUUUCUUUUCCUGUAAAUUUUUUGAACAAAGAUCAUGUUUUUGUAUUAUUUUUGUUAUCUGUAUAAAACAUUUUGAUCAACUUUGCCUGCUGUUUUUCCAGGAAUGUUUUUGGUAUUCCUAUUUUUUGAUGUAAGAUAUUUAAAAGAAAAAAAGAAAAGAAAAGAAGACACAUUAAGUUGUGGCACAUUUGAUUUUCCAACGGCAUCUUUGGAAUGCCAUUAUUUCAGCAUGGAAGUACACAGAACUGUUUGGCAAACUAUUCCAUUAUUUCUGAAUUGUAUAUGAUUUCCUCUUUGAGGUUUGCGUUUCUUUUGAAAUGCUGCAUAUAUUUUUGAUUUGUCUGUCAAAUAAAUAGUCUGUAGCUGAA